AUGAUCUAUUGUGGCUGUCGUGAGUCCUUUCACUGCGGACCGACACAUCCUCAAAUCACUAGGACGUAUUCGGCGAUCCUCGCCGUGAGGCCAAAGAAAGAUCAAGGAAUGGUGGGAGGCACUUACAACACCUGUUCCAAGCUUUUAUCAAGGUUCCGUUAUUCCCAAAUCUCUUAUCUGCAUAUCUCAUUACCAACAUCUAUUUAA